AUGAACAAGUGAAACUCUCAAGCUACAGUAAAGAUGAUUUUAACAGACCUGACGGAGAAUGCAAAACGUGCUCUCUAGAUAUAUUUACAGUAGAUUUUAAAAUCAUCUCCAAAAGUUCUUUAUCAUCUGAAAAUCCGCACAGAAAAAAACACUUAACCCGGAUUUAUUUAUUUUUAAUCUUUGAAAGCCUAAUUUAGUUGUUAAAAAUAAACAGGCUUAUUAUUUAUUAGUUUUAACUUGUUUUAAAUAGCUACACUUUUUUUUCAGCCAUGACUUCGAGCAGUGAGCCUUUGGAAAUAAGUGGCAAUGAGCUGGUUCAAAUACUCAGGACCCCCCGGGAACAGUACACCGCUGCUGGCUGUGUGGUGCUCGACUGCAGACCUUUCCUGGAUUUUUCUUUUACGCACAUUUGCGAGUCCCGAAACGUCAACUGGAACUCAGUGCUGCGUCGUAGAUCCAAGAGCUCAGUGGUGGCUCUGGAGUGGCUCAUCCCGGACAAGACGCUCCAGGGCCUGCUGCGGCGCGGGGAGUUGUCCCCGGUGGUGGUGGUGGACGAGCGCAGCCGCUCCGUGGCCGAGCUGAAGGCAGAGAGCGUGGCCCAAAUGCUGCUCACCGCACUGCAAAACGAAGUUCAGACGCCGAUCUGCUUUCUGCAAGGUGGAUUUGAGGGAUUUUCAGAGGCCUAUCCAGAGCUCUGUUACAGCUCAGCCAGCAAUCACCUCUCUGCAGUGGAACCAGAGCCAGCAGUGACAGGUCGGAGGACACCAGCAUAUGAUCAGGGUGGGCCAGUGGAGCUGCUGCCCUUCCUGUUUUUGGGCAGUGCCAUCCACUCCUCCCGCAGAGAGACCCUCGCAGCUGCGGGCAUCACAGCUGUGCUCAACGUUUCCUCCACAUGCCCUAACUUCUAUGAGGGGGAGUUUCAGUACCUGCGGCUCACUGUGGAGGACAGCCUAGCUGCUGACAUCAGAGCCUGCUUCACCACAGCCAUCGCCUUCAUCGACUCAGUGAAGCACAGUGGUGGUCGGGUGUUGGUGCAUUGCCAGGCAGGUAUCUCGCGCUCUGCUACCAUAUGUCUGGCCUACCUCAUGCACACGCAGCGCGUCAAGCUGGAUGAGGCCUUUGACUUUGUGAAGCAGCGGCGUCAGGUCAUCUCCCCCAACCUGGCCUUUAUGGGACAGCUGCUGCAGUUUGAGACUGACGUGCUGUGCCAUGGAUGAAGACCACAGGUUGCGUUUCUUUCAAUUCAAUCUCCUGCUUCUCGCAGGCGUUGACUUUAUCCGCCGUUAUUAACACUUGUAUGUACAAAUGUACUGUUUGUACAAUUGAAACUAAUACAUUUCAGAAGUAUAUGCUUUGUACAUUCAGAGAAAAGCUAAUUGUGCUGCUGGCAUCACAUGGCCAGUGAAUCUGAACCUCCUACUCCAGGAGAAACUGAUAAACAGCAUUUGGCAAUAUACACUUGUUUUGAACAAUUGUGAUUCUGAGCCAGCAAGUUGGAGCAGCUAGGAGGUCAUUUCCCCGACACGUUCUACUCAAGGGAAUGGUGCCUGUGUGUUUGUGUGUUAUUUAGUUUGACCUAUGUGCCUGAUCUUUUGCAAGGACCACUGUGACAUGACAGGUCUUUUUAUGAGACAACACUGUGUUAACUACUUAAGGCAAUACUGGAUGAAUCUCCAGUUGUAUUGUCUACUUUAUAAAAUGCACUAUCCACUGUUGGUGUCAUUGCAUUCUGUAUCCGGAGAUAGAUUACACUUGGUAAACUCAAGUUGGAAGAAGUUGUUUUUUAUUAUGUAUGUAAUAUAAUUUUAGUUUUUAUUUAUUUUAACAUUUGUUAUGACAGUGUUCGCAUUAUUUCUGACCAUUACUGCACUUUAAAGUUUGGCUGAUUCCUUCCGUUUUUUUCCACUAAAAUAAAACUUGCUGGAGAAAACA